UCACCCCCAACCCUCUCACGUCAACGCUACGCACAGCAGACCCCCCCUCUCUCGCGAAGGACGCUGUCACCAUCUGGAACACCUCGCCCAACAGAGAGCGGCGCACCCCCACCAGUGUGCAUGUGCACUUCAACGACUUCCGCAACAGUUCGCUUUGCGCGCCGCUUCGAAUCAGAUAGAGAGGUUAAGUGUGCUCAAGACCUAGUGUGCAUUUUUCCUGUUCGGUAGUCGCUUUCGUAACAUCUUGCCCACGGGACCUUUCUCGCGCAAAAGGUUUACCGUUCCGCCACCCAUUUCUAUCUGCCAAACGAGAUUCACGAUGGAAACCCAGCACGCCACGCUCGGGGCCGCCGCUGCUCACCCGGCUCCAACUUCCUCCGUCCCGGAAGGUACGCGCACGCUUGUCUCGGCACCGACAGACCCGAACGCCCUUUCGGCUGCAGACUCUCUCCCACCAACACCAUCACAGGCAGCGACAUCCGCUGCUGCUGCCUCGCAUAUCCUAGCCCAACAAACCGCGGAAUUUUUGAAAGUUCAACGUGGGCCGCACGGCGAAAUCAUAUUUCCAGAUGGACCUUCUGUCUUAUAUGCCGCAGGCGUGUACCUAAACAAUAAUCAGAGCGGAAACCCAGCGCAGGCAGCAGAGCCCAUAGCUUCGGCAGGAUCUCCUCCCCGCGUCAUCUCGCCUCAUCAACUGACAAUGUCUGUUCCACAAACUGCGUACAAGCUGGAAGGAGGACUUCCAGCCUCUAUCCCAAUCCAGUACGGACAAUUGCUAGUCCCCAACGAUAACACUCAACAUCAACAACAUACAACCCCCGGACCGGUCCGGAAGAAUAAUAACACCCGCCGACGCUCAAAGCCAUAUGAUACACCCGGGUCUGAUCCUACAGGCGUCAAUGGACAACCAUCUCAAAACGGAUUAGAGACGACAUCGAAUGAGGGAGGGGACAACCAUCAUGGGGACGACGAUAUGGCGGUCAAACGACGUCGCAAUACAGAGGCAGCGCGUCGCUCGAGGGAGCGUAAGGCGGUGAAAAUGCAAACAUUGGAAAAUCAAGUUCUUCACUUGGAAUCCGUGAAUGCGUCGAUGGCAACGCAGUUGGCCGUGGUGGAAAAGGAGCGAGCCAUAUUCGCGGCACGCGAAGCCGAGUACAACCGGAGGAUCGCUACACUGGAGUCCAGCCUGCGAGAAGCUCACGACGCGUUGAUGGCAAGAGCAGUGAUGGGUGAAGCGAAACCCCUUCCUGUAACCACGCCUCCCAACACGGCAGCAUCUCCAACCGCGGCGGAACAGUAAAGAUUCUGACUUCCGUCUCCAUCCCUUCCAACGUUUUCGAUCAGCUUAUUUUCGAGCUACAAAGUCUCUCUCCUCUUCCCUUUUAUUGUGUGGGCGGGAUUCUAAAAAGAUCGAACCUCUCCUCAUAUUGCAGUAGGAGUGAGUGACAGCCAAAAUUUGUGUGAAGCAGAGCGCCCACACAUACGUAUAUAAACGCAACGAUAUGCCAUUUGUCCCAAUGGAAAAAUUUAUAUUGUCUCGAGCGCUUGGCCUUCUCGAUGAGGAUCCCCUUUAGGUAAUCCCCGAACGCGGUUCCAUCUCGAACGUUUCCCAUGAGUCAAUUCGGCCAUCGACAGCAUUCGCUAAGUCCAAGACGGCGAGGCGAGCAAUAGCGACAGCGACGGAAAAUACCUUCUCUCUUCAUCAAC